AUCUUUGCCAAUCAUAUCUAUAUCUCUCUUAGUUUUGUCUUUGGAUCUUCUUCUUCCUUCUUAAGGGAAUUCAAGCUUCUCUAUAAUCUCUGUUCCAAGUUCUUGAGGAUAAGUUAAGAGGAAGAAGAAGGUCCAAAGUAUAUAUAAAUGGCACCUGUUUUGCCUCCUGGUUUUAGGUUCCACCCUACUGACGAAGAACUCGUUGCUUAUUACCUUAAAAGGAAAAUCAAUGGCCGAAAGAUUGAGCUGGAAAUCAUUCCAGAAGUUGAUCUCUACAAGUGUGAACCAUGGGACUUACCAGGGAAAUCAUUGUUACCGGGGAAGGAUUUGGAGUGGUAUUUCUUUAGCCCUCGUGACAGAAAAUACCCAAAUGGAUCAAGAACAAACCGAGCAACAAAAUCUGGGUAUUGGAAAGCAACAGGGAAGGAUAGAAAGGUAAAUUCGAAGGCUCGUUCUGUGGGUAUGAAGAAAACCCUAGUUUACUAUCGAGGAAGAGCACCCCAUGGCUCUCGCACAAAUUGGGUUAUGCAUGAAUAUCGUCUUGAUGAGACAGAAUGCGAAACUGCUUCAGGCUUGCAGGAUGCAUAUGCUCUUUGCCGUGUGUUGAAGAAGACUGCAGUGAUUCCUCAAAAAGUUGAGGGGCAGUAUGUUAAUGUUCCCAAUGUCAAUCAGAUUACAAGCGAUCAAUCAUCGAGCAUUGAACUAUACUCUGAAGGAAGGGGCGAAGAUUUAGUAGAUAGCUCAAAUUAUUUUAUGUCUGUGGAUACUUGUUCACCACACAAUGUUGGAACUGAGACUCCUCUCACCAUAAGUGGUGGAACGACAAUGGAUCAUGUAAAAUGGUCACACUUCUCAUCACAAGAUUCAAUAUUUAGUCUUCCAACUUCUUCAUAUCCUAAUUUUGGAGCCAUAGCAUACCCUCCAUCCAAGGUGGAUAUAGCACUAGAGUGUGCAAGGAUGCAACAUAGGUUUGUUAUGCCCCCUUUGGAGGUGGAUGACUUCCCUCAAGUUGGAAUCUCUGAGCUGAAAAUGACACAAGCUUCUAGUUCCAUGCAAGGAAGCAGAACUGAAACAGAUAUCUUACAGGAAAUUCUUUCAGUGGCUCAGGCCUCUCAGGAAUUAAUAAAUCAAUCCAACAACUCACAGGAUUGGUGUGGCAAUGAUUAUUAUGCUCCUCGUGAUGACGAUUUUGCCUUCAUGGUUGGCACUAACUACAAUCAUUCAAAUGAAAUAAUGAGCUCAGUGAGGUAUGUUGACAAAGCAUGGGAAGAUGCAAAUACAAGGACAAUAGAGAUCGGAGAUAUGGAUGAAGAAUUUAAGUUGGAGAGGAAUGUAGAGAAUUUAAGAUGGGUCGGAAUGUCAAAAGAAGAUUUAGAAAAGAUGGAAGAACAAAAUAUUGUCCCAAUAGAGGAUAUUUCAAGCUUCCAAACUAAGAUGAAAGAAAAUGAGGUGCAAGAAUCUGAGCAACACAGUAACAUGGAACAUAAUGGUACUGAAAUAAAUGAUUUCUCAUUGGGUUUCAUCAAUGAUGACGAUCCUACAGAGAACUUGACAGAAGAUGGUAACAAGGAUGAUUAUUCAAGUUCUCCUAGUUUUGAGGUUGUUGAGGAAAUAAAGGUUAAUCGUGGAAUGUUUGUUUCGACUCGUCAAGUGGCGGAGACAUUCUUUCAGCAAAUGGUUCCUUCACAAACAGUCCAAGUUCAGCUUAAUACAGUGAUGGCACACAAUCAUUACGUAGAGAAUGCAGAGGCAAUGGUGUUGAUAAUGGAGGACCAAGGGUCUUUAAGGAAGGUUAAGGCCUAUGUGAUGGGGAAGCUAAUAAAGCCAUCAAUGACAAUAGCAAGUGCGAUUGUAUUCGUCUUUGCACUUGUGCUGAUGCACUAUGCUUUUAUAAAGGGAGAAGUGAAAUUUUGGAAUGAGACAUGUUGCAGUAAUAGUGAUAACAUCAUGAAGAAAACGAAUCUAUCAUGUCAGAUAAUGAAUGAGUCAAAUGAUGUUUGGUUUAUUGGUAUCAAAAGUGGAAAAGGUUUAAGUGCAGUCUUGAAGAAAAUAGGCAUUUUUCUGACUAUAUUCUUUGCUCUUUGUGCCAUGUGGGCUAACCAUAGUUGAUCUCGUGAUAUUCUUUUAAUUUUGUCUCUAACUUAAGAAAUUAGUUUGAGAACACCGAAUUGUGCUUCUUCCAGUUAGUUAACAUUGAAGGCUGAUGUAUCCAUACACACAAUUGAAUUUUACUUUAUUUG